AUGUUCGGGAUCCAGGAGCAUCUGAUGCGAGAAGUGAGCGGAUUAAAAGAGAGAAGUCUUGGAGAGGAGAUGGAUCCCGUUCGGUCGUGGGUGCGUAAUGUCGGGGUUGUGGAUGCGAACGUAGCGGCGCAAAGUGGAGUUGCUUUGUCAAGAGCUCAUUUUGAGAAGCAGCCGCCCUCAAAUCUCCGAAAGUCCAACUUCUUCCACUUUGUCCUGGCGCUCUAUGACAGACACGGCCAACCUGUGGAGGUGGAGAGGACUUCGUUUGUGGACUUUGUUGAGCAUGACAAGGAGCAGACGGGAGAAAAGACCAACAACGGCACUCACUACAAGCUACAGCUCCUCUACAGCAACGGGGUUCGCACAGAGCAGGAUCUUUACGCACGACUUAUUGACUCUGUCACGAAACAGCCCAUAGCGUAUGAGGGACAAAACAAAAAUCCAGAAAUGUGCAGAGUUCUGCUUACACACGAGGUUAUGUGCAGCCGCUGUUGUGAGAAGAAAAGUUGUGGCAACCGAAACGAGACGCCCUCUGACCCAGUCAUCAUUGACAGGUUUUUUUUGAAGUUUUUCCUGAAAUGUAACCAGAAUUGUCUGAAGACAGCGGGAAACCCGAGGGAUAUGAGGAGAUUUCAGGUGGUCCUGUCCAGCACUGUGAGUGUGGACGGCCACGUCCUAGCAGUGUCCGACAACAUGUUCGUCCACAACAACUCAAAACACGGUCGGAGGGCCCGCAGACUGGAGCCAGGCGAGUCCGUCGAGAAUUCUAUGGAAUAUGCCACCCCGUGUAUCAAAGCCAUCAGCCCCAGUGAGGGCUGGACCACCGGUGGGGCGAUGGUCAUCGUCAUCGGGGAGAACUUCUUUGACGGGCUGCAGGUGGUGUUUGGCAGCAUGCUCGUGUGGAGUGAGCUAAUCACGCCGCACGCUAUCCGUGUCCAGACACCUCCUCGACACAUCCCCGGGGUCGUGGAGGUCACACUGUCUUAUAAAUCCAAACAAUUUUGCAAGGGAGCGCCUGGACGCUUCAUCUACACAGCCCUAAAUGAGCCAACUAUAGACUACGGUUUCCAACGUCUUCAAAAGGUCAUUCCUCGACAUCCUGGUGACCCAGAGAAACUAGCCAAGGAGAUUCUCCUGAAGAGAGCGGCAGAUCUUGUGGAGGCCCUGUACGGAAAUCCACACAGUAAUCAGGACAUGCUGCUGAAACGUGCGGCCGACAUCGCCGAGGCGCUCUACAGUGUCCCCCGUCCUCACAGUCAGCUGCAGGCGCUGCCCAGCUCACCAGCCCACGGCAGUGUCAUGGGCCUGGGCUCCUAUCCUUCUCAGUUAGGCGUCAGCAUCGGGGAGCAUGGACAGAGCAGCCAAGGUUACAUUCGAAAUUCCAGCAGCUUGUCUCCAAGGGGUUACCCAUCAGCCUCCACUCCUCAGCAGUCAGGCUACGGGGGCAGCGGAGGCAUGACUGGAGGCUAUGGGACAGUUCCCAUGACCAGUCUAGGAGUACCUGGCUCUCCUGGUUUCAGCAGUGCCUCCCCCACAGGCUCUCCCUACAUAAUGCCCUCCAGCCCUACUAUACCAGGAAGCUCCAGCUCUUCAUCGUCUCUCUUGCCUUUCUCCUCCUUCCCGUCUGCUGCUAAACAGAAGAGUGCUUUUGCUCCCGUUCUCAGGCCCCAGGGCUCUCCCUCCCCGGCCUGCCCCGCCUCAGGGGGGAACAGCUUCAGAGCAAUGACGGGCCUGGUUGUUCCCCCGAUGUAGCAAAGCACCCACUCCAAUCUACCCCAGACCACUGCUUCACUUAGCCUCUCUUUUGGCAUUAAGAGGGAAGGGAGAAUGGAAAAUUGAUCACUAGCGACCAUGUAUAACUUUCCCUCCUGAGCCCCCCACACCUGCCAUUUCUUAGUCCCCUUUUCAUCCAGUUGGAUGAACAGGAUGGGGUACGAAAAUGUCCAAAGACCAGCCAUCUACUCUCUCUGUGUGUGUGUGUGUGUGUGUGUGUGUGUGUGUGUGUGUGUGUGUGUGUGUGUGUGUGUGUGUGUGUGUGUGUGUGUGAUGAAGUGUCUGCAUUUUGAAAGGAAACAAAAGGAGAACUGAAGCUUCAAAAGCAUCUGUAUUUACUUCUGGCCUGCUGUCACAUGCAUUACGUGAUUCUUCCAACAACCUUCCCAAACCUUGGCCAGAGACGUACGGGACACGUUGCGAGAGCACUGACGGACUCUAAGAAGCUCUAAGAAGCAGGGUGCUAUUUGUCUGUGUAUGGACUUAAAUGGCAUGUGUGUACACUGUCUGUGAGUUAGCGAGAAGUUUUUUUGUAGUAGACUUUUUGAAGACAAUUUACAUUCCAGAAAAAUAGACCCUUUAUUUUUUGUUCUGAUCUCUGCGGUUUUACAAGGGAGAACUCUUUGUCUCAAGGGUUAUUACUAAAGGAAUUCAUAUAUUGAUUUAUUUAAGAACAAGCAAUUUAACUUAUUAUAGGUAGUUUAGGGAAUAAUAUAAACGUGUUUUUAUAAAGUGGUCCUUUUCCAACUGUUACUGAAAUAAAGUUAUCUCAACAAUUGCUAAUUAAUUUGCUGAAUGAUCAUAGGGAAAUAUGGCGGAGAACAUAACAGUAACACACUUUUUUUGGAACAAAACAUCCCCCAGUUUUCAGGUUCUUGCAUAACAAAAUCUUAAUAUUGUGCUCACAUCUGAAGGAGGUUAUUGUCCUUGUGUAAAGGAAAAAUGUUAGUUAGCCUUAUCCUUUUUAAUUUCACUUAUAAUGCAUGCUUUGUCACACCAAUGAUAUUAUUUCACUCAACAUUGCAAAUUUAUAUGACUAUAGCUUAUAGAUUUUACAGUUUAAUUUUAAACCUCUCAACCCAGUACAGGUCUCCAGUCACUAUGCAGUACAGUAAAUGAAAGCACAAACUGCUCAAUUGAAGAACGGGGCAUAUUAGGUGUUCAUUAACCCAUAUCAUGCUGUUCUCACUCAUUGAUUUCUGUCAUCACAACACAAACUUCAUUCUCAGGAUGUGAAAACUAAGAACACAGAGUAGAUGACAUUUGCAAAUGUGUUUUUAGCGUUUGGUUAAUUUUAUUUAUUUAAAAAAAGUAUUAGCAAUUUAUUAUUAUGUUUUUUGAAGCCACCUUUCUUUGAAACGGUACAAAAAAUGGUGCAAAUGUGAUUUGUAUAUCUCAAGUCAAG